UGAUUUUGCUGGUAGUAUCGUGGCCGUACCAAAUCUACUCAAUUCUCAUAGUUACAACCGACAACUGGAUGGCAUUCUUAAUGUUCUAUUUGAACCUCUACAAUAACUUUUCCAUAAUAGCCUGCGAAUUUCAGUUUGUGAGUUUAUGCUGGAUGAUCCAAACUAGAUUUCGUGCAAUGAAUCGGGGAAUCGAAGAACUGUAUUCAAAAGUUUUGACAGCAGAUGAAGAAUUGAUGAAACAUAAAUUAAUUCGUCUCAAAAAAUGCUAUAAGUUACUGAUACAAUCUUGUUCCCAACUAAAUAAACUGUAUGGAUUCAAACUUUUGAUUAUUCUCAGUGGACUGUCGUUGAACGUGUUGUUUGGUCUAUAUUUCUCAAUUUUUGGUGGAUUCGCAAAAAAUUCCACCAAAACAAGUCUGAACUUUCAAAGAAUAUCAAAUGUAGCCAACGAAAUCAUUUGGAGUUUUUAUUACAUGGUCAGAUUUGUAUUCAUCUGUGUAGUUGCAGAUUUGCUGAUAAAUGCGGGCUAUCAAUCCAGGAAAACUAUUAGCAACAUUUUCUGCAACUCUUUAGAUGAAAAUGUGAAACAAGAAUUGUGGAUAUUUUUAACACUUAUAUCUACCAACAAAAUCCGUUUAUCUGCUUGCGGGUUUUUCACCAUAAACAAAACUCUUGUAACCUCAGCAGUAUCAAUGGGAACUACUUAUUUGGUUAUUCUCGCACAAUUUCAGAAGAAAUGAAAAUAAUUCAACUGGAAAAUUCUUACAUUGCAAUUUAAAAAUUGAUCAUCAGAUAGGCUAUUUUGUCAACCACCGUUAAUAGAUUUCUUACUGACAAGAAGUCCUGAAGAUCCAAACGAAGCACUGGGAAAAUCAGUGCAACAUCAUCAAUAAAAGAGAAUCAGUGGGAAGAAACCACUCUAAAAUUUAUGUAUCCAUUCAUACAAACAAAAAAUACUAAAAACUAUCAGGAAUAAGGUUGCUAAGUUUGCUUUUCAAAUUCAGUUGAACUGGCAGAAGGUUAUCAUCAUAAACUCAAAUGCAAAACUUGUAUAAACAUUUUUAUAGA